AUGUAUAAAAGUAUUACGGUGUAAACUUUGCCUCCUGAAUAAAUUCGUUAAUUCCAAGUAUUAUUGACUUUCCAAUACGUCAACAAUUUACUGGAUAAAUGUGCUGAAUUCCUUCAAUACAAAGUCCAACUUUUUUAGGAUAAAGAAUGUAAAUACGAGAUUGACUCAUAAUUAAGCAUUGAAUAAGCAAAACUUAAUAAUAUUAUUUUUGCAAAAAGAAUUCAAUCAGAAUCAGCUUCAUCUUAUUAUCCUAAAGUAAUAUGCUGGUUUAAAUAAAAUGGAGUUGAAUUAAGUUUAGGAGUAAUGUUAAGUUCAGACUUUACAUUUGAAGAAGUAAAAUAAUUGAAUUUUCUAGGUAUUACAUCAAGCUAAAUAAAAAAAUAUUAUACAAUCAAUACCAAAAUCAAUCUAAGUUACAGAUCUUAACUAAACUAAAAUUUUAGCAACUUUGAUGGAAAUGCAAAUGUGUAAACUAAUAGAUCCCAAAGAAAUAGAUCCUCAAUUACUAAUACAAUUUGAUACAAUUAAUUUUGCAUCAUAAAUCUCAAAUUAAUCCAAACUUAUACCUCAAUUUUAAUUUUAAUAAUACUAAGCUCAACCAAAAACAAAUUAGAUUGCUUCAUCUAAUGUUAAUCCAUAAUCAUAAAACUAAGCUCAACCAAAAACUAAUUAGAUUGCUCUUUCUAAUGUUAAUCCAUAACCAUAACAAUUCAAAAUCCAAAAUUUUUCCAUUUAAGCAAAUCCUUUAUAAUUUAUGCAAAAAUAAUAAAUUAAUAAGUUUUAACCUAUUUCCAAUUUUGAUAAUCAAUUAAAUUAAUAAAACUCAAGAAUAUAACCAAAUUCACUUAAUUUAGGAUAUUCCAAAAAUAUUAUAACUAAUCCUUUUAUUCCUAAUUCAAAUGGAAAUCUCUAAAAUUUUAAUUAAAUAUAACCUUAAUAAUAAUUAUAAAUUAAUAACUAAUUGCAUUUCAAAGGGAAUGAAACAAUUUAAUAAUUAGAAAAUACUGCUAUUUAAAGUGUAGAAUAAAUGAUAACAAUUGGGAAAUUUAAUUUUUAAAUUAAUUAAUAAGGAGAUUUUGUAGUAUAUUAAUGUAGUUCUCCAGAAAUAUCUGGUUAUUUUUUAUAAGUUAAAGGCAAAAAAGGUACUUUAAAAGAUGAAAAAUAGUUUAAAUGGGAGAAUAAAUUCGGUGUCUAAAUAGCUGAUAAUCUUGGUAAAGGAUUUAUAAUUAAAUGGAAAAACAAUACAUAUAAUUCUUUAAUAACAUAUUUUUAGUGA